AUCAGAUGCCUUGCACGCGACAUUGCAACUAUGGAGCUUUCCCGAGCCACGGACUCGCAAAUUGUCACCGCUGCUCGACCUCGCGCUGGCCAGGAUGUUUCAGCCGCGCCCGUCAGGGAGCUUGAGAAAACUAUCGCGGGGUUUCAAGCCAUCUUGACCGACGAAGACCGCAAAAAGCUGCAACAGCUCAAAACCACGUCGCACGACUCGCAAAGCAUCAUCACUUUUACAGCCGAGUUGGAUCUGCUUGACAAGAACAGGCGAGGGAAGAGUGUCGCCUCAAGACUGGCUUCGUUCUUGCAGACGAUUGAGCAGUUUACGCCCAUAGUCGACACUUACAUCCAAUCGAAUCCCGAUAUCGCGGGGAUUAUCUGGGGUUCUAUCAAACUAACCUUUUUGGUACGUGAUGCCAGUGCAAGUCUGACGCCUGUCGCACACCUCGUGACGACAACGCUGUCUCGACCCCAGGCCCUUUCCUGACCAUCCGCUUUCGGUAGUUCCUCGCCAACUUCGCAUCUUACUUCCAGUCGUUUGUUGAGCUUCUGCACGGAUUCGGUUCACUUUGCACGCGAUUCGCCGAGUACCAGGUCGUUUUCAAUGAGUCCUCGCGUCUCAAAAAUUCAGUCUGCCAGUUUCACACUGCAGUGGUUACUUGCUGCCAGCAGAUCGUCUUGGCGGUUCGACGACCCUUAAAGAAUCAGCUUCUGAAGGCAAUCGCACAAUCAUUUCAGUCUGAACUCCGAAGCUACGUGGAAGACAUAAGAGCGAAAGCAGAGGAGGUACAAGGGGAUAUACAAUUGGUGAAAGCUCAAUGCGACCGCGAGGAACAGCAACAACAGAAUACAGAGCGACAAGAGGCUACCAACUACCGGAAACGAAUGCUCGCUUGGACUUCAAAGUCGACUACCGAAAUGGAAGCCUUAUAUGUGCAGCAAAGACGAAAUGCAUCAGAGCAGAAACGACGUCGCCUCCUUGAGGAGCUAUCGUCAUUCAACUUCACAUCUGCCUUCAAUAGCACACGAAACAAACGCCAUAUUGGUACAGCGAAAUGGGUCUUUGACACUCCAGAAUUCCAACAAUGGGUUGGAAUCGAUGGGCCUAACGUUCUUCACGUCACUGGCAAAAUUGGGUCUGGUAAAACAGUCUUGUCGUCCUCGGUUGUUGAGAAGCUUUCGCAGAUCCGGCCGCCUCAACAAUUCGUGUCGUUCUUUCUUAUCCGAUUCGAUGAUCCUCUGAGCCUUGAUGCGGAGACAAUCAUACGGUCUUGUGUUCAACAAUUACUAUCAGCCAUCGUUAUGGAUGAUCUUGACCAGCAGUUGGCUUCUGAACUUGACAAACACCUUUCUGAAGCCAAGUUGGCUCUAUUCUCGCUCGACCAACUUUCAAGACUCUAUUCAUCUGCUGCUAAAGCUAUUAAAAACUGGUUCAUAGUUCUUGAUGGGCUGGAUGAGUGCAACACUGGUCAACAGUCAAGAUUGUUGAAAUUCUUCCAAGCGGUUGUCUCACGGGCGGGUGCAUCCAGCCAUAUUAGCAUUCUCCUUUCGUCUCGAGAGACUUGUACCAACGCCAUCAAACGAAACUUUCCUGGAUCUCGACGAUUAGUUACUGGCCUGCAGAAUACUAGUGCAGAUAUUGGCGCAUAUGUUGACGACAUCAUCAUUGAGAAACUAUCGACUGGUGAACUGGUUGUCAGCGAUCCCAGCCUGAUAGAUGAGAUUGUGAAAACCAUUGCUUCCAAGGAGCAGGGAAUGUUCUUAUGGGCGUUUCUUGCUAUUGAGGAUAUAUGUUCUGGAAAGUCUGACAAGGAGAUUCGACAAGCACUGAAAGACAUUCCGAGUGACCUUCCUACAACAUUCGACCGUGCUCUGAGCCGCAUUGUCCAGAAGCGCAAUCAACAGAUUACUAAAAAGGCCUUCAUGUGGACGAAAGCAGUAUCACAACCAUUGACCUUGUCACAGUUCCGCGAGGCACUUUCUAUCGAAAUUGGUCAACAUACUCUGCGCCAAGAAGAUCUCAUCAGCGGGAUAGAGCGAUUAGCCGUGUGGUGCGAAAGCCUUCUUUAUGUGGAAGAAACAGAUAAUACAGUUCGAUUCAGUCAUCACUCCAUUCAAGAGUUUCUUUUGGUACCCGAUUCGGGUGAGAAUGGGGAUCUUCACAUUGACUCGGACCAGUGCGAUAAGCUUGCUGGUGAGGUCUGUAUUACUUAUGUCAAUCUUGACAACUUUCAAACGGCGCUAGCAGAGAGGAAAAGGGAACCUUUCAGUUCAUCUGCUAUAAAGAUCGACCCAAGCGGGAUAGCCGAGCAGACAAUACAGUCCGCCAUACAGGGUGGCGUUGGAACUCGCGUCGGUCGUCUAGCUCGCCAAUUUGUCAAGACGUCAAACCCAAAAAAGAUAUCAACACAGCGCGACUUUUCCCUAAGUUCUUCCAUUUCAGUUACUAGUAAAGCCCAAGGGAACGCAGAUUACCCCUUUCUCGAAUAUGCUUCGACGAAAUGGUUCAAGCAUACCAAAUACAUCGACGAAAACGAGACGGAGAUUUGGAGGCUUUUCGGUCAAUUGGUCCAGAGGCCCUUUCAGCACUCACAAGGCGAGCCUUGGCAUAGCAUCGAAUGGAAGAAGGAAGCCAUGGCGGGGUUUCCAAAUCAUGACGAUUCAAGAUCAGAAUGCUACUGCCGUGUGAUACGGACUAUGAGCAGUGGCGAGAUACAUGAGUCAGACAACGAGCCAGACGACGGCCCAAAAUUCUCUCAGCUCUGCCUUGCUUUCAUGUACGGUGAGUUGAAUGGCUACUACGCGCUCGCAUGUCGAUCCUUCCAGUUGUUGAUAGUAUUUCCUUGGGUGGUAUCUAAGUUUGAAAAACUUGUUUGCGUUCUAGGAGCCAACAAGAAUUACGAAGCCUGUCAAAAUGAUUGUGCAAGUCUGAUACCAACACGUCUCAAUCAUCACCUACUCGUCGCAGAGCUCAGGAAAUCUAUCGCCAAUGGGAUUUCAUCCUUCCCAGCAUUGCCAAAUUACAAGUCACACCCUCUAUGUGACUGCGCAGGCCAAGCUCCUCAUGAGCUGAUGUUGGAUAUUUGCCAGGUGUUAAAGACUGGCUAUCGCCGAACGAUUCAACCGCACUUACAGGCUUUCGCUAUUGUAACAGAAGCUCUUGAGGAUGAGAGACAUGGCGAUAUGCCCGGCAUCUUGGACUUGAGCCUUACGUGUCGCGAGGAGGCUUAUACUUUGUUUGAAGCCAAGAACAUUCACAGGAUGCUUUUGAUCGAUGUGCUCAUCCAGGGGCUCCUAUCAACUGAAACGUUGUACAAAGGCAUCGUCUCAAAUUCCAUCGCCAGUUUUGUGGAAUACGAGACUACACCGACCUUCAGUUUUCAUUCCCAGAUACUGGAGCCACCAAGCUCGAUGCCUGAACACCGUUUGAUAGCUUAUACCAUCUGUUUUCUGGUUCUUUUGGAUGGAGAGCGUCCUCCUGCACCGGCCCCAGAUAUAAGUGUUCUUCGUGAAUAUCGUCGCUUUAAAAAGCUUAUGAACCUACACGGCGAAACUAUCGCAGCAAUAUUUCGAAGACUCGUUAUCCCUGCACUAUGGCCGACUUAUAUGGCAUCCUAUAUAGUCCAGACUCUAUUCGGGGAGUUCCUAAAGUAUGACGUUCAGCACAUUGCCCAUGCUCACGAGGACUCAUUUAGAGAAGCUGUGUGGAACAAUAAUUGGGACAUUGCGGCAGCUCUGCUGGAGCUUCAGCCGACUUCCCUGGAUAAGUUUACUGGCCGUGGUUAUUUCAGCUUUAUUAGAGAAGCUGUACGCUGCCAGAACUGCUGGCGAUGCACGCAAAAUGUGGUCAGGCAGCUAACUUCUAGCGAAAUGCAUCGGUACUCCUUUAGGCUAUGUGCGAACCAUGUCAGCGAUUUCAAUAAGAUUGCUGGUUUGCUUGGGGGCAUAUAUGAUGCUGGUAAGGGACAAUUACUGUGCCCGGGACAUAGUACAGAUGCGUUGCCUGAACGAGAGGGAAAAUUGAAGCGGCCAGGAUUUUGAUUUGUCAUAAUAUAUAACCGAAUGUCCAUCGCCUCUUGUCUAUCAUAAAUUCUUGGCCAGCACUGAAACUUACUCAUAAAUCCCCCCUCACAUCCUUAACUUGCUUCGUCCUCUCAGAGUCCGUCUGAUCUCCCGUAUUAACAGUCCCCUCCCUUUCCACCAUCAUGAUAACAGCAUUCUCCGCCACAGGCUUAUGCGUGACUCCCUUUGGCACGACAUACAUAUCCCCCUCAUUCAUAAUAACAGGCUCUUCGCCUUGAAUCUCCAUAGUCAAUUUUCCAGAGAGUAGAUAGAAGAGCUCUUCAGAAUCUGGAUGAGCAUGCCAGAUAAAUGAACCGUCG